AUUACCAACCCACACAGCGUUUCCCCCAAGGGGGUAUCCCAUACUACAGGGCAGGUGCAUGGACUAGAAUUUAAUCCUGACAAACAACUCAGCGAAGUGAGAUCACCAUGCCCAUUUCACAGUCGGAGAAAAUGACGCACACUCCUCCUCAAGAAGUGGCCACCAUCAGCUGAUUUACAUAGAACUGCCACCUCAGCCUCAACCAGGACAGUUCAGGUCACAGAAAGGGGAACUGGACUGCAGGCCUGGAAGCCUGCACAAUGCCUGCCUGGGGGGCCCUGUUCCUGCUCUGGGCCACCGUAGAAGCCACAAAGGACUGCCCUGCACCAUGCACCUGCCAGGCCCUGGAAACCAUGGGGCUGUGGGUGGACUGCAGGGGCCGAGGGCUCACAGCCUUGCCUGCCCUGCCAGCCCACACCCGCCACCUCCUGCUGGCCAAUAACAGCCUUCGUUCUGUGCCUCCCGGUGCCUUCGACCACAUGGUCCAGCUGCAGACACUCGACGUGACACAGAACCCCUGGCACUGUGACUGCAGCCUCACCUACCUGCACCUCUGGCUGGAGGACCACACACCAGAGGCCCUGCUGGAUGUCCGCUGUGCCAGCCCCAGCUUUGCCACCCUCCACCCACUGGGCCAGCUCACAGGCUAUGAGCUGGGCAACUGCGGCUGGCAGCUACAGAAACCUUGGGCCUAUCCAUGGGUCUGGUGGGAUGUGGCACUGGUUGUUGUGGUCAUAAUGGGCCUGUUUCUCUUGGCAGGUAUACUGUGCACUGCCAGAGAGCCCCUGCUCCUAGGGUCGUUCUUCAGGCUGAGUGGCCAGGCCUGA